AUGGCUACUGUGCCUCCCCGACCCGGUCCAGUAUCAACUUUUAAACGCGAGCGUGCGGCUUUCGUCUUCGAUUUGGAAAUGCAGGCGAGGAUUCUAAGGGCGGAUCCCCGGGCUAGUGAAGAUGUUGCUGGCAAUCUACUUUGGCUUGUUGAGAGUGUUCAUCGGCUUAAGGAUGCCUCUAUGGCUAUGGCUGUUGAUGCUCGUGGCAAUGCUUAUGUGCUGGCGAAACCGUAUGGGUUUUAUAGUUACAACGUGCCGCGUAUGUGCAAUGAUCUUGUUGCAUCUUUGUUGCACUGGGCGGAUAUUCUUGUUAAUACUGAUGGGCGGAGGACGGAUGGGAUUGUUGUUGAUUCUAUUGAGGGGAUGUUGGGUUCUCUGGGGUUUUGA